AUGAAGCUGCAUUUUGUACUGGCCGGGCUGCUUGCGUGCCAUGCAGGCGCGAGGAUUUCGUUUGCAGAGAUUAUGCAGAUGCACAGCAAAGAAAUAGGGAAGGAGGGGGUCUGUAUAAACCCCAGCGGGCCUGUCAGUCUAAUGCGAGGGUACAUAUACGCCCAUAACGCAUACAUGUACAAUAAAAGGUUUUUUUCUCCUGAAAUAGAAACGGACUACAGCCUGCGCUUUAGCAGGGUGGGCAAGGGAUACAAAGAGGUGUACCAGCAGAAAAGGAGCCCGACGCGUGACAGAGCAUACAAGACCGCGCAGAAGGACAGCCCCGGCAGAAGCGAGCCCGCCUACACCGAGAAGUACCACAGCGCGCUUCUAAAGCUGUUUCCUUCCACAAACGGAACCAGCCUCUCGAUUUCUGUGUCCCGGAAGGACUGCAUGUUCCGCUUUCUCCAAAAAGCGUGCGCCCGCGAGCAGGCAAGCUACGUGCUGGCCGCGCUUCUUCUUCUCGGCGAGGGCGUCGACGUGCCCAUUGAAAUAGAACGCGGAGCGAUCGUGCUGUGGAAAAGCCGCGCUCUUGCUGAGCAGCACCGGCUGCAGAAGGCGCAGAAGAAAAGCCUGCCAAUCCCGAGCGAGCACAUUCUGUGCUCGGUAAACUUCCAAAACAAAAAGAUGAUGAGCCCGCAGAAGGAAGCAGUCGAGAUUGUGCACUUUUUCAAGGCGCACGCCCGCGAAAAAAAGCUUCCUGUAAUGCAAGAAGACUUUGAAACCGGCGACUUUCUAGACAGCCUGCAAUUUUUGGUUCAAGCAUACAUAUUUGAGUACAUAGAAAGCAUGGACAGCGCGCUGGAGUUUGCCUGGUGCGUGCACAGCCUGCUUAAAAGCAUGGGGGCUGGGGAGCCCGGCCAAACAGACCGCAUUUUUGGCAGCUGCUUCAUGCCCAAAGAAGAAAAGGCGCAAGCGGCUGUGUACUUAGAGCCGCUGGCCCGCAUGCAGGAGUGCCUGAGCGCGCAGAACUGGUUUCCAUUCUCAGACUCCGCUCUGCUUCCCAAGUACAUGAACGUGCCCCUGCACAGCAAAAGCACUGGUGUGGGCCCAAAGGAGGAGUUCAGCAACUGCGCAGAAGCCGGGCUCUACGCACUGUUUUGCUGCCUUGCAUACGACCCGGAAGAAAAAAAAUACAACGUGGGCGGCAUGCUGGGAGAGGUUGCAGGGUCUGAGGACGCCCAGAAGAUAACUGCGUUUUUCAACUCGAAAAGCGCCGACCCAAAGAAGUGCGCAACCCGCAAAGUCUUUGAAGCCUGGAACCAGGUUGUUUCGGGCCUCCCCGGCGACAGCAUAGCAUACUGCAGAGACAGCAAAAACGAGGUGCGCGUGGGAAUUCUGAACUUUCUGCGCGUUGUUUCCAAAGUGACAGGCAGGCUGCCCGAAAACAAAAAGGAGCUGGACGAGCUUGCCGAAAGCGUGCGCAGCAAAAAAGAGCCUGCGCAGAGCGCCUUCAAAGAAGUGCAGGAGCACAUCGAAAGGGUGCUUAAGAUGCUUUCUGUCAACAGGCGCAUAGAAGUAGAAACAGUCUCGCUCAAGAAGGGGCUGAGAAGCGACGGAGAGGCAGACUUGUACGGAAGCAUAGUGCUGCGAUUCAGCGCCAAAGAGAACAGCUCAGUGCAGGGCAUAUGUUUAAACUUUAUUACAGGCCAUUUAAGCAUCGGCCUUUUGCAUCCUACGCACGUUUUUUCCGAAGAGGACCAGAAAGCGCAGGAAAACUCUGUGCGCGAGUAUCGAGGCCUGGGCACUUUUGCAGGCUGCCUUUUUGCAGAGUACAUAGAAAAAACCGUGCGCGCGUACACCUCAAAUAGCAUGAGAAAUCUAGAUUGCACACGCACGGUCAUAGAAACUGCAAAGAAAGUGGUGGAAUCCUGCCCUGAGAAGGUGAACCGGGUCUUUUUGGACAGGGAAAUUUCCUGUAGCGUGGUCAAAAUGAGGCUGGUCAACGCUCUCUAUCUGUACGCCAAGGGGGAGCAGGUUGCAAUGCCGCAAACUCAUCCGAUUGUGCGCCUCUUGUCGAACGUUUUGGGUAGCGUCCCGCUUGACAACCCGGAGAUGCACAAGCCCUUUUUGGGCAUGCCCAUACUUCUGGGAGAGCUGGGGAAAAUGUUCCCCCGAAUACAGCUCUCCGAGUCCAAAGCCAUUGUGCUUUUCCAGGGCGGGCUGCGCAGCGUGGACGUGUACAUCCACACUCAGUACGGAUACCCUGGAGCAGCUGAAGUGAUCAUGCAGCAUCUUCUGAUCUGCCAGCUGAAAGGCACAACGCCUGUCUCGCAGUGCAAAACGCUGAACUGUGGAUUCUUGGGUCUUUACGGUUUGUUUGAGUGCAUGUUUGCAAGAGGCACGAAAAGAAACGCAGAGAAGCUGGGGGCGCUUCUUUUGGCCGAGAAGCAAAAAGAAAGAAAAGACGCGGCCGUCAGACUGAAGAACAGCCUGGACCUUUUCUGGUUUGUCGUCGCAGUGGAUAUGAAAGCUGAUAAGCCCGAUCUGGUUUUUCAGCUCUACGCAGCGGUUGACCCAGACGCGCCCCGUAUAAAGAGCCCCGGAGCGUUUAAGUACUUUGUUGACGCGUCCCAUAAAAAAAGAGUUUUAAAAUGGAUGAAGCUAAGAAAGCACCACUUCAUAAAGCUCGGCGGAAAGCGGAGAUAUUCAAAAAGCAGGAAAAUACUCGAAGCGGCAUAA